AUGGAAGAAACCCUAGGUUCCGGGUUUGACAGCAUCCGCACUGCUAUCCUGUCACCCCCGAGCUUCAUAUCGCGAGUAACGGUCUCGCCGGUAUUUACUCAAACGACGACUGAUCUGGAAAGACCGUCUUAUAUACAUUUGUCCGGCACUGAGACACCGGUUGAUUCGCGCCGAACUGACCUGUUCUCCCAUCGAUCGAAUGUCCGUAUCGAUGACAGAGAUACUGCGCCUGUAGGUAGUUACAGGCAAGUCGAAUAUUCUGAUCGCCACGCCUAUUCCGGUGACGAGACGCUCUCUUAUUCAAGUGAUGAACGGGCUUCAGAGUCUGGGCCUGGUUCUACAUCCUUUCAUUGGCCCUUAGCUGGGUCUUCUGAACAUAUGUCAGGCGUAGAAAACGAGGCACAUACACAGUGCAACUUGCUUGAGUGGAGUUCUGUUUCAUCUCAGAGUGAGCAUGAAGAAGGUUACGACAGUGAUUCGGACGACACCUGUAAAUUCUACACAGAAUUAGAUUCAUGUGGCAGACUGAUAGACGGUGACGAUGAAGACAGCGAAUGCUUUUCAGACGAUUCUGAUAAUGACGGUGAUUAUGGACGCCCUCAUCUUGGACAGAUGCUGGCUUCUAUUAAUCGUUAUGACUAUCGCUACCAUCGCUAUUGGGAUGCAGGGCAGCCCGAUCUAGCCGAAACGCAUUUUGAUAUUCCUGUGCAAGCAACACAAGAACGGAAUCUCACAGUUGAACAAUUUAUAAAGCGCUGGUUACAAGCAUCUCUCGCAAACAGCGCACAUGUGCCGCCCCAGUUCCCUUGCCCGUCACUUGAAGCGGCAAAUGUAUCGCAGUGGCCUCGGCCAGAUAAAGUAAUUCGCCCUCAGAACAUGGACGCUUAUGAAUUCUACGAUAUUCAGCAGAUUCCGUGGAAGGAGAAUCUCGGUGUUCACCGUUCGGAUGCUCGUGUUCUUCGCGAUGCGUGGUAUUCUCCCUAUUCAAAUCUGCAUUUUAGAAAUGAUAACUUGCGGAAUCUCAUGGCGGUUACGUCGUUCAAUACUUUGCAAUUUGCACAGGAAUCCAAACUGUUAUCAUGGACACCGGAUUACAAACAUGUUAGAUGCGUCAUGGAUCUCUCUCGACCGGCACCAGAAACCGGGUUUCAAGGACCAGUGAAGAUCUCCACAAUGCAAUCUAAACAUGGCAUUUCCGUUGCUGGCGGCUUUACGGGCGAGUACUGUAUGCAUGUCAACGGGAGUCGAGAAGAAAACAUAUAUGGGCUUGUUACAACGAACUUGAAUGGGAUCACCAAUAACAUAGACAUCAUUCGAAGUCGCACAAACUCGUCGCCCUUGGUCGUAUUUGCUUCGAAUGACCAACAUAUCCGUGUUCUCGACUGCGCAAGCCAUCAAUUCAUCUCAGAUCACGAAUUAUUUAUCCCCGUGAACUGCUCGGAGACGUCCGCAGACGGCCGGAUGCGCCUUGUUGUUGGGGACUCACCAGAGGCAUACGUCCUUGAAGCUGAUAGCGGGCGCACACUUCAGCAACUCGGCGGACAUCGCGACUUUGGCUUUGCGUGUGCCUGGUCACCGGAUAUGCUGCACAUAGCGACUAGUAACCAAGACCGAACCGUUAAUAUCUGGGACGUGCGGAUGUGGCGGAUUCUUCAAAGUAUGGAUUCGGACACCGCGGGAUACCGGUCUCUGCGUUUCUCGCCUAUUGGUGGUGGCCCACGCACGCUACUCAUGAGCGAACCCGCUGAUCGUAUUUCUAUUGUUAAUGCCACGACAUACGAAACUAGACAGGUACACGACUUUUUCGGUGAGAUUGGCGGUGCCGAUUACACACCAGACGGUGGCUCGAUUUGGGUUGCUAAUACGGAUGAAAUGUUUGGUGGGUUCAUGAAGUUUGAGCGUAUGCAGUAUGGUCAAAGGUAUGGAUCGUCUUCUGCUUUGUCACAAAGACGACGACGACAUCAGCAAUACCGCCGAGGACAGCUCGCUCCGGAGUGGUACUCUGACUUGCCGCAUGAAUGGGUCAGCGAGGCUGGACUGGAGAAUGACGAUAGAUGCAUUGUUAGUCGGCGCGAGCGAGACUUCCGGACUUUGAGUGGACUGAGUGAUGAGGCGAGAGAUAAUCUGCUUAUCUGA